AAAACUAUGAAAUUAAAAAAAACUUCACUGCUUGCUUCUUCCUUGCCCUGCGCCGUGCCUCGUUCUCUCUCCGAAAUCCGCUCACCCCAUAGAGUCAUUCCUAACAGGAUAAAGGUUUCAUCUUCCACUUUCGCCAAUGAAAAGCUUGUAACUUUGAGAUACUGCGCAGCUAAGUUGCACAUAUAUCAUUCCAUGGCUGGCGCUGACCAACGCCGUUCUCGCCACCACGAAGAAACCCCUUCAAGCCCGAACAAGAAGAGGAAGACAAGCCGCAAACCAGAAAAGAGUCUCCUUGUCAAUCUCCAUUCAUGCUCCAAGUCCAACGACCUCUCAGCUGCGUUAGCUCUUUACGAUGCAGCCAUCACUUCUGGUGACGUCCGCCUCAACCAGCAGCACUUCCAGAGCCUUCUUUACCUCUGCUCCGCGUCCAUUAGCGACCUGUCUCUUCAAACACUUGCCAUCGACCGUGGCUUCCAGAUUUUCGACCGUAUGGUUAGUUCAGGGAUAAGUCCUAAUGAGUCCUCCGUCACUGCAGUGGCAAGACUAGCUGCUGCCAAGGGUGACGGUGACUACGCUUUCAAGCUUGUCAAAGACAUUGUUGCUGGCGGCGUAUCGCUCCCCCGUCUGAGAACUUAUGCUCCGGCUCUGCUCUGUUUCUGUGAGAGAUUGGAGGCUGAGAAGAGUUACGAAGUGGAAGAGCACAUGGAUGCUUCAGGUAUUGCGUUGGAAGAGGUGGAGAUCUCGGCUUUGUUGAAGGUAAGCGUCGUCACAGGACGAGAAAACAAGGUUUAUAGAUAUUUGCAUAAGUUAAGGGAAUGUGUUGGCUGUGUUAGUGAAGAAACUUCGAAAGUUAUCGAGGAAUGGUUCUCUAGAGAGAAAGCUAGCGAGGUUAGCGUGUUUGGUUCUGAUAUUGAGUUGCUUAGAGAAGCUGUUUUGAAGAAUGGGGGUGGGUGGCAUGGGCUUGGUUGGGUUGGGGAAGGCAAAUGGAUUGUGAAGAAAGGUAAUGUUAGCCUUGCCGGGAAAUGUUUGAGCUGCGGUGAGCAAUUGGCUUGUGUAGAUACCAAUGAGGUAGAGACUGAGAAAUUUGUGAAUUCUUUGGUGGCUUUGGCUAUGGAGAGGAAGGCGAAGAUGAAUUCAUGCGAGGCAAUGCCGGACUUCAGCGAGUUUCAGGAGUGGCUUGAAAAGCAUGGAGAUUACGAAGCUAUACUAGAUGGAGCAAAUAUAGGGCUCUACCAACAAAAUUUUGCAGAUGGUGGUUUCAGUUUACCACAGCUUGAAGCUGUAGUGAAGGAACUUUACAAUAAAAGUGGUAACAAAAAAUGGCCGCUAAUUCUCUUGCACAAGAAACGGGUCAAUGCGCUUUUAGAAAACCCUAAUCACCGGAAUCUAGUGGAAGAGUGGAUUAAUAACAAUGUCCUAUACACGACGCCACCAGGUUCUAAUGAUGAUUGGUAUUGGCUCUAUGCUGCUGCGAAAUUCAAGUGUUUGCUUGUGACUAAUGAUGAGAUGAGAGAUCACAUUUUUGAACUGUUAAGUACCAGAAUCGGAGAAAGGGUCAUGGCACGUUCCGAUCACGUGCCAAAACAGUGGGGAGUCUUUAAGAGAUUGGAUAUGCAUUACGAGACAGAGUUUAUAAAUUCACUCGCUGUUGUGUUGUUGCGUUUUGCUCUAUUUUGUAUACGUCAGCAUCUUUGACGAUUAUAUCAAAAGAGCCAAUUUUGCACCGUUCGAUGUUAUAACACAAAUCUGUUUUAAACCGUUGAUCAAAGACCUUUUUAUAUCCCCUUUUAGCAAAGACCUGAAGAAUCUUCACUUUGUCUUAUGUUUAAAAAGUAGUUGUUUGUUGUUGUACUUGUUGCGUUAAGCUCGACUGGUGUCAGUUUCUAAUUUGGGUCAAGAGAAGAUAUGUGCCAUAAGUUAAAUGUAGGAUUUGAAAUUAUGGUUUUCGAUUUUUGCUUAUUGUUGUAUGUUGCUAGG